UGUCUAUGUUAUUUAGUGCAAUGACAUUGUACGAAACAGAAGGGAAGUCAGUCCACCGUGUGGCUCAUAUAUUGUUAUUUCAAAUGCGCUGAAAGGUUUUUUAUUAGCGCCGACCUUACCGUGAACAUGUCAUCGACUACCACGGGUUUCCCGGAGGACCGGCAGGGCAGGGGACCUCCGUCUCCAGCGGGCAUAGACUACAUCCCCACUGAUGAAGAGAGGAUGGUGUUUAAAGAGUGCAACCAGGAGAGCUUUUGGUACAGGUCUGUACCCUUCUCUGUGGUUAGCAUGGCCGUCACUCAGGCCCUGGUGGCCAGAGGCACUCUGACUGCAUCUCCACGGUUUGGCGCUCUCCCUAAAGUGGUCUUUGCUGGCUUUUGUGGCUACCUGGCAGGAAAAAUGUCAUACAUGAAGACAUGCCAGGAGAAGUUCAAGAGGUUAGAGAACUCCCCCCUUGGAGAGGCCCUCAGAAAAAGGACAGGACUGCCUCAACAAUUUCCCAAAGUUGCUCAGUCCGAGCUGAGUGACCCAGACACCCAGUCAUUCGACUCUAUGUUCCAGCCAGCAGAAACCCUGGUCCAGAGAAGCUACAAUCCAGAUUCAGUCACCCAAUCAGGACAAGCUGAUAAUGUCAGCACUCCAGUCCAGUCUUAUGUUGAAGAGGAAGAGGAGCCUAGAAGAAAAUCUAUCCUCUAUGAGGACUUGAGGCUCAAGAACAGAGAGAACUACGAGGUGACACUUACUCAGAAGGCUGAGACGCUACUCAAACCAACACCUGAGAGGGAACCAAACAGAGCUAAGAAGAGCGAGACGAAGAACAUCUAUGGAGACGUGUGGGAAGAAUGAGUCCUUGUUUUGAAUGAUUUUGUGAUCUGUUGCUGACAUCACUGACUCUACAGUCCAGCUGGCACCAUGAUGGUCAUUUUUUAUCAGUGUGACUAGUUGUCUAUACAUUUUUGAUCAGUAUGUCUCAGAGGGUGAAUCAAUUAAAUCUAACUGCAUGAGGACUUGAUUUGUCACGUUCAGUGUUUUUACAUUGAUUUGACCUUUUUAAAUUUCUUAAGCUGAUUAUGAAUUAGACUUAAAUUUAUACUGACGUGAUCUUUCUUUUACCAGCAAAAGCUACAAGACCACCUGCAAAAAACUGAAUUAAUCUUCAUUUCACUUACUAGAAUAGCUGUAAAGGGGCUGUGUCAGACAAAGGGGGUUACCAUCAUUCUCCAACACUGCCUUUGCUAUGCUCUCAAUAAAUGUGAAUUUUGGUGGUUGAAA